CCGCCUGGGUUGAAACUGACUAGCGAUCGGUAGGCACAUUAGUCGGUUUCAAAUUCGCCAUGAGCAUCUUGGUCCUGUUCCAUUCGUCUUGUCCUGAAUUGCAGUUUUUACCAGGACGAGCGGAGGCGAAAAUGCGAUCUUUAGUAGCCUGAAGGGAGGAAAAAUCCUUGCAAGAAGCAGAGAAAGAGAGAGAGAGAGAGAGAAAGCUGGCACCGAGCAGAGAUGGAUGUUGCAGAGGCUUGGGCGCUGUUAACUCCUCCAAGUUUGAGGAUGGCUCUGCAAAAGGAUUCAUUCGGUUACAUUUAAGACCCCGGGUGCCACUGCCAACCUCACCGCUCCUGCUUUGCUGGGAGAAGAAAUCUUAAAAUGACUUUGCUGCUGCUGAGACUUCUUUGGCUGCUGCUUCUGGAUACGGCCCUUUGCAAUUACUCCGAAGAUCAGUGUAGCUGGAGGGGAAGUGGCCUGUCCCAAGAAGCCGGCAGCGUGGAGCAGAUCGCCUUGCACUGUGCCGAGGGAUCCCUGGAGUGGCUGUACCCGGCCGGAGCCUUGCGCUUGAGCCUUUUCCCCCGCCUUCCCACGGGCGCCACCAGCAAAGAGAACCCACGGCGCGUGACAGCGUGCAUCAAGUCCUCCAGCGGCUUCCGAGGGGCUCAGAUUUACUUGGAGAGAGACGGCAUCUUGGAGCUCCUCCUGUCGGAGGCGGAGGCAGCCUUGCAGCCCACGGUGGGCUGUUUCAGCUGGCUGCCCAAGGAGAAGGUCGCCCUGUUCCUCCAGUCCACCUUGCACCAGGACAUCAGCCGCCGGAUCGCAGCCUUCCGCUACGAGCUGCGGGGUGACUGGAACUCCCGCUUCUCGUGGCCGUCCAGAAACCUCAGCAUGGAAGAUUCAGGGAGUUGCCGGCCAUGUAACAACACCGAGAUUCUGAUGGCUGUUUGCACGAGUGAUUUUGUCAUCCGUGGAAAUAUCCGCACCGUCUCCAACGACGUGGAAUCACAGGAAUCCAUCAUCGGCGUGACCGCCACCCGGAUCCACCGCCAGAAGUUUGCCUUGUUCCAACCGGUAGGCAAAUACGGAAAAUCCACAGGCAGCAUCCGUACUCUGCUGCGGUGCGGGGUGAAGCCGGGAUCCGGCAGCUUUCUGUUCACAGGCUGGCUGCACUUCGGGGAGGCUUGGCUCAGCUGUGCGCCCCGCUAUAAAGACUUCCGCCACAUCUACGAGGAUGCGCGCCAAGCUCAUGAAAACCCUUGCGAAGUCUCGUUGGACUGAUUGGA